AUGGGAGGUGGAUUGAUCGCCGUCGAUCAGCGAGCAUCGGACGGCGGUCCGGUGCUGGAGCCAGGGGAGGAGGGCGAACCGGGGGAGGUUCUUCUGCAUUCCCAGCCUGACGUGGGAUUGGUGCUCGGCGAAUCCGACGUGGACGAAUCAGGGAACCUAUACAUCACAUCCAAGCGUGUGGUGUGGCAUUCCACACACUCCCCGCACGGCAUUGCAGUCAGCCUGGUGGAUCUGAGCAUGCAUGCCAUUUCCAGGGACCUCGAGGCAUACCCGAGGCCCUGCAUCUACACGCAGGCAGUCAGCCUGGUGGAUCUGAGCGUGCAUGCCAUCUCCAGGGACCUCGAGGCAUACCCCAAGCCCUGCAUCUACACGCAGCAUCUCUCUCUUGUGUCCGAAAUGAGGCUCGUGCCCAGAGAUGAAGCUGCCUUGGAUGCGAUUUUCAAGGCGCUGUGUGACAGUGCUGCACUGAAUCCCGACCCGGAAGGAGCGGAGCAAGAGGGGGAGGGCGACUGGUACUAUAACGAAGAUGAAGUGUUGCGCAACGCACGAGUG